AUGAUUUAUGACUAGGAGAGAUGACAGUUGCACUAUAAUAGCUUUCGUUUUCUUCGAAGCUGACAACAAAUAACCAUAGACCAAAGCGCACCAACAAUAUAUAUUCUAAGCCGCUGUUUCUUUUCAAAGAUACUGCUCAUACGUGGAUGAGAGUAUGGAUUAUUUAGACAUGAUGGACCCCUUUCGGAUCUACCAACACUAUUAUCCAAAAGAGAACGUGAACACAGACAAUAAAACCAUACCCUAUUAUGGUUUGCACAAUCAAGGGGCAACCUGUUAUUUGAACAGUGUGCUGCAGGUCCUCUUCAUGACUAAGGGCUUCAGAGAGGCUGUGGAAAGGUUUGGCCAAGAGCAGGAUAAUGUUGAACAGAACACUUUUGAUCUUCAGCUGAAAUGUUUAUUUGAGACUUUAAAGAAAACACAAGCUCACACUAAAGAUGUCACAUCAAAACUGGGCAUUGAAAACGUGUUCGAGCAAGGGGAUGCUGCUGAAUAUUUUGAGAGGAUUUUAAGCAAGGUCAAUCCGGAUGUGUCUAAGAUAUUUCAAGGACAUUUGAAGCACACUGCCACCUGUUCUAUAUCUGACCGUCAUGUGAACAGUGAGGAAGUUGGUCCAUUUUGGACUGUGCCUCUCUCUAUGGAAGAGAACCACUACAGUGUGAGAGAUGGUUUUGAGGAAUUUUUCAAGUCUUCAACUGUCAGUGGUGACAAUCAGAUGUACUGUGACCACUGCGAUGGGAAAACAGAUGCAAUCCUUGCAUGUAAGAUGGUACAUCCCCCAGAGAUUCUAACUCUGCUCCUCAAGAGGUUUGAGUUUGACUACAACAGGAUGUCUUAUGUCAAAAUUGAGAGCUGUGUGGAGGUGCCUCGAAUGUUACAGACAAAGGACUGUGAUUAUGAACUCUAUGCAGUUGUGGACCAUGUGGGAAUUCUAAGAGGUGGACAUUACACUGCUAGAAUCAAGUCCUAUGAUGAUCACAACUGGUAUGUGUUCGAUGACAGCUACGUCACACAGCUCAAUUCAAAACCAUUUGAACAAGAUGAGAGUUUUAGGUCCCAGAGUGCGUACCUGCUUAUGUACAGGAAAUUGGAUUAUCCAGAUCGUCAGAUGAACCAUGAAACCGAUCACAAAUGUUCACUCAGUGACUCUCAACAAUCCACUCCUUCCUGUUCCUUUGAGAUGGGAGCCAGUGGAACAAGAGAAGAAGAAGAAGAAGAAGAAGAAGAAGAAGAAGAAGAAGAAGAAGAAGACAGAAAAGUUCAAUCAAAUCACUCUAUCAAUCCAGUUGACUUGGUAGGGAGAACAGAAGCUGUCCCAGAGGAAAGACAGAAUGAUGAUGGAACGGUUGGUGAUAUGAUAAGACAGAUGAACGAUAUCAAAGAUAUGAGUGGAGAGGAUAACGUUGCUGCUACUGAUGAUAAAGACAAUUCAUUUAAUGGAGAGAAAGAACAGAAAGUAGGGGAUGAUGUUGUUGGACAAAAAGAACAGGAAGGUGAAGUGGCCAAUGUUGAGAUGCAAAUGAAUGACGAAGGGAGCAGGGAAGAGGGAAUGACAAGAAAGUAUCAUGGUGUAAAAGGAGAACUGGAAGAAAGGGUGGAAGGUGGACAGAAGCGAAGAGAUAAGGCAAAGAAAGGGGAGGUUAUAGUUGUGGAUGGAGAUCAUGUCUUGGAAAAUGGAACAGAGGGUGAUGUGAUGGGUAGAAAGGAGGCGGGUGUGACGGACAGAGAUGGAGAUGAUAAUGAGAGAAAGAGGAAUAGAGAUGGUGCAGAAAAGACACAGCCAGGUAGAAUAAUAGAUGACACUGGGGAUGGUAGAACAGCAAAAAGAAAUGGCGGUGAGUUAAAGACAAUACAGGUUGAAGUGGCAAAGUUAGGAGAGGAUUGUGAUGUGACAAUGAUGAGCCAAACUCACCACAGUAAAUCUCCCAGUUCAGUUCAUAUGUUUCCGAACAGACUGACAGACAUCCCAGAGGAAACAACCACAUGCUUUUGCUUCAAGGGUAUAAGAGGGAGAGGGGGAAAGAGGAGUGAACAUGACAAAGGGAAGAAAGGGAAAUUGGAGAAGAGCAGAAAAGGUGAAAGGAAGACUAUGUUAGGAGGGCAGAGUAGAAAAGAGAAAAAUAAGGAAAAGGCAAAUAGAAAAAAAAAUUGAAAAGAGAAGAGAGGAGGAAAUAAAGAAAAGCUCAAAGAGAGAAUAGAGGAGAAAAAGAAGAACCCAGUGGGAAAGAGAAAAGGUUACCUUUAAGUUUAAAAUUAUACUAAUAAAUAGAAUUGAAUGAAAAUCAUGAGAAUGGUUCUAUCUCAAAAAUUAAGUAAUGAACUUUGAUGGUAUUCUCAAUUGAACCAAACAAGGAUUAGUGAGACAGCUGUGAUAAAUUGCUCUUCUAAUUUUGCCAGACUGACAUGGCUUGGCAUUGUGCUUGUGUAUAUAGAUUCAAACAGAGCUAUAGUGGGCACCGGUUGUGAUAAUGAAAUAAUGGUAAUGGCAUUAACUUCGGAUCUGAAUAAUGUAAGGAAUCAUUUUUGUAAUUCAUACAUUUAAUAGAAUUUCAAACUGGA